CACUGCAUGUUAAUCCAUCACCAAUGGAAAGAUUUAUUCAUUUUCUGCUUUUCUCAGGAUUCUGGACGUUCACACAGAGCAACUCAAAUGAAUAUAUUCUCAUCCAGGAGAAUAAGACCUGGGCCGAUGCACAAGUUUACUGCAAAAAUGUUCACAUCGACUUGGCCUCGGUUGCAAGCAAUGAACAACAGACACAUCUACAAGAAGCAGUUAGUGCUGCGCUGCCUCCACUGGCUUGGACUGGACUGUUCAGACGCAAUAACAGUUGGCUUUGGACCUAUCAAUCUGAGAAAUUGACAUUUGCAUUCUGGAAGCCUGGAAGGCCAAACAACUACGAUGGAAAAGAGGAUUGUGCUGCCAUCAAUGCCAGUGGAUGGGUGGAUAUGGCAUGCAGUGAAUUGUUUCCAUUUUUUUGCUACGAUGUGAGCGGAGCAGGCAGUUUUGUUUUUAUCCCUGAAUUACAUUCACGGUAUGCUGCUCGGAUCUACUGCUCACAGUAUCACACAAGCCUGGCCACCAUUCGAAAUCAAACUGAAAAUGACCUGCUGCUGAAUAUGAUGGCAGGAUAUGAAAAUGCAUGGAUUGGUCUAUUUAAGACUGGCUGGUGGUGGUCAGAUGGAACAAGUUCUGCCUUGUUCCCCAUAACCUGGAGCGCUGGACAACCUGACGUGACUGGCCUGCACCCACUUUGUGCCGCUACAACUCUUAAUGGAUUCGAUGAUCGACUCUGCCCAGAGACCCUUCCAUUUAUCUGCUUAAAAUAUACAAAGAGUCAGAUUGUGAGAGUGGAGGUGAAAUCGAGUCAGAAUCUAAAUGAUCCUGCAGUGAUGGAGAUCAUCUUACAGUCGAUAAAGAAGAAACUGAAGGAUCGUGGGAUAGGGAAUGACACAACAUUGACAUGGAGACUGCAGCCAGAUGGAAAUGUUUUCUCAUUAAAACAUGAAAGUGAAGAGAACCUUAACCCCUGUCCAAACACUUUCUUUUAAAUAUAACAGUUACCAUAUUUAAUAUUUAGGACUGUUAGUCAUUUAAAUGAAAUUUAUUUGAAUUUAACUGGAUAAAAUGUUGUGUGCACACCGCCAGUAACUUACGCUGACAGACUGACACAAUCUUGAUCAUUUAAAUUAAAGUUUGGUGACUUUUGACAACACAAGCGACAGUGAACAUUGGCAACAUGAAAGUGAGUGUGUCCAGCUACUAGACAAAGUUGAAAAUAGUAAAAUUUGAUGCAAAUUAUCCUUUGGGAGCGACUUCCAAUGAGAGUGAAGCAGUGAAGUUUACAUUGUUUGUUUAUUGUAGUAAAACUAGAGAACCUCUUUUAACGACCUCAUUAAAAAGAGAUUGGUGACACACAGCGGCAAAGUUUCUGGUGAUGUGCACACAGCAUUAGAAGUCAAUUUUUGUUUUUAUUAUUGUUUUCAUUCAAGUCUGUCAUUGGACUGCUAUAUCUAUUUUACAGUAAACUUUGUCAUAGUUGAGUAGAUUUAGAGUCUGUACACAUGAUGAGGGUUCACGUUCUGUAUUCUUAUUAUCUCUUUAUAUGCAUACGCAGGUUUUUGUCGAGGUGUGAUGCUUGUAGUAGCAGUAAGGGUCGCAUGCACUAACUGUAAAGUCUUUAAAAGAAUACUUUGAAUUUAACUAAAAAAAAAAACUCGAAUUGUAGAAAAAUUUUAUUAUGGGAUGUCAUUCUAUUGUAUUUUUUUGUGUAACCUUUAACCUGAAGUAUUUAGUUUAAGAAAUCAACUUUUAAACAUAAUUAAUGAAAAGAUUAUUAUAAAAUGUAAGGUAGUGAUUGAAACAUUUAAACCUGUAUCUGUAUUCCUUCUGGCCACAACCCUGUUUUUUGCCAUAGUAAUUCAUUAGUUUAUUGGUUUUCUCUGUGCAUUCAUAGUCCUGCCUGUAUUUAGUUUAAUUUGUCAGUCAUUAAUUGUAGUAUAAUAAACCUAAACCUACAUGCAGGGCUUCACUUUUAUUAUUUUAUUUGCUUAAACUGUACUUUGAUUAAACCCAGGGCCGGCGCCACCUAUAGGCAGAGUAGGCAAUUGCCUAGGGCCUUGAGCUUAGAGGUGGGGCCUCCAUAGCCAUAAAAUUCCUAUACGCUAAUACACCAAUCAGGAUGGACAGCAACAAGUGUCUCUUUGUCUAUUGGCUAUAAAUGAAUUGUCACUCACCUGUAGUAAAACCACUUAUGUGGGUCCAGCAGCUCCCGCCCUCUGAACGUAAGAUAAGAUCGAUAUGCAAACAAGUUUUUUCUGCAAAAAGUCAAUGAUUUAUGAUGGCGCCUAAACGAGUGCAUCCUUCGGGGGCUGCUAAGCGAAAGGCAAAGCAGGCACGCAAAGAAAGUGCAGAGCGUGAUAAAGGUAUGUGGUUUGUCAUCAUCUUUUGAAGUAAUUUGUAAUGUAACCUGCCAAAUCCGGAUCAUUCACUUUAUUUUACUGACU